GGCCGCGCUCAGCGCGCGGAUUGGGCGGGGCCGCGUCUGCCGCGCUCUGAUUGGCUUGGGCGAGGCGGCGCGAGCGGCAGCACCUGCUGCAGGGCUCCCGCAUCCCCCCCCCCCGGAGCGUAGGGAGCGCUGGCGCGCAUGCGCGGCCGGUGAUGCCCUGGGGAAGGCGGCCGCGCUCGGCCAGCGGGGCGCGGAGCGUGUCUCAGUGCCGUUCUUCAGCUAACUAGGAUGUACCUCCAGUGGGACUGGCUGUGCUUGGGUGUCCUGAUAAUUAGCUCAGUGACUGCAGAAAUUGAAAACAAAGAAACUCUGGAUGCCAAUGUUGAAGUAGAGGAUUUUGACAAGCAGUCUCAAGAAGCUGAUGUUGACGGAGAUAAAUCUUCCUUAGAGGUUGUGUACCAGACUCCAAAGCCAACUGGGGAAGUGUAUUUUACAGCAACCUUUGAUGGAGUAUUGGCUGGGUGGGUGUUGUCUAAAACCAAGAAAGAAGACACAGAUGAAAACAUUGCUAAAUAUGAUGGAAAAUGGGAAGUAGAAGAGCUGAAAGAAAACACAGUGCCUGGAGACAGAGGAUUAGUGUUAAAGUCAGUUGCAAAGCACCAUGCAAUAUCAGCUAUGCUAACAAAGGAAUUUAUUUUUGAUGAUAAACCUUUGAUUGUUCAAUAUGAAGUGAAUUUUCAAGAAGGCAUUGACUGUGGUGGGGCAUAUAUUAAACUUCUUUCCAGCAGCAAUGACUUGAAUCUGGAAUACUUUUUUGACAAAACACCUUAUACUGUUAUGUUUGGACCAGAUAAAUGUGGAGAAGAUUACAAACUACACUUUAUCUUCAGACAUAAGAAUCCUAAAACUGGAGAAUAUGAUGAAAAGCAUGCAAAACGUCCUGACGUAGACCUAAAGAAAUUCUAUUUGGACAAGAAGACGCAUCUGUAUACGCUCGUGCUAAAACCAGAUGAUACAUUUGAAAUUUUAAUUGACCAACUGGUUGUCAGUAAAGGAAGUCUUCUUGAAGAUAUGGUUCCUCCAGUAAACCCUCACAAAGAAAUAGAUGAUCCUAGUGAUAAGAAACCUGAUGAUUGGGAUGAGAGACCAAAAAUACCUGAUCCAAAUGCUGUCAAACCAGAUGACUGGGAUGAAGAUGAGCCUUCCAAAAUAGAAGAUCCUGAUGCUGUAAAGCCUGAGGGAUGGCUUGAUGAUGAACCACAGUAUGUUCCAGACCCUAAUGCAAAAAAACCAAAGGACUGGGAUGAAGAAAUGGAUGGGGAGUGGGAAGCUCCUCAGAUCCCUAAUCCGAAGUGUGAGGCUGCGCCUGGUUGUGGACACUGGGUGCGUCCCAUGAAGAAUAACCCAAACUAUAAAGGAAAAUGGAAAGCACCUUUGAUAGAUAAUCCAAACUAUCAGGGAAUCUGGAGCCCUCGGAAAAUACCAAACCCAGACUAUUUCGAAGAUAGUCACCCGUUCAAGAUGACUGCUGUCAGUGCUAUUGGUUUAGAACUCUGGUCCAUGACGUCUGAUAUCUACUUUGAUAACUUCAUUAUAUGUUCAGAAAAAGAAGUAGCAGAUCGCUGGGCAGCAGAUGGCUGGGGCUUGAAGAAAUUAGUAGCAAGUGCUAACGAGCCUGGUAUGUUUAGUCAACUGGUGACUGCUGCAGAAGACCACCCGUGGCUCUGGGUUCUUUACAUCUUGACUUUAGCUCUCCCUGUUGGUCUAGGGGUGUUGUUCUGCUGGCCAACAAAGAAAACAGAUGAAGAUAUUGACUUCAAAAAACCUGAUAUAUCUAAGCCAAUUACAAAGGGAGACCUAGACCAAGAGGGAGAAGAGUUAGAUGAUGAUGAAAUAGAAUUAGAAGAAGAAAAAGAAAAUGAAGAUACUGCUGAAGAUGAAGAUGAGGGUGAAGAAGAAGAAAAUGACCUUGCAGAUACAAGUCAAGAAGGCAGCGAUAAGUCAAAUAAAUCUGGUUCAGAAGAUGAGAUGAAGGAAGCUAACGAAGACACAGGUUAUGGAGAUGGUCCACUGAAAUCAGUGCGCAAAAGAAGAAUACGGAAGGACUGAGUUACUUCCAGCUAGUAUUUUUAGAUCUAGAUGAUAGUAACUUUUGCUAUGGCACCUCAGUGGGCCUUGACAGCAGGCAAGUUCCUGAGAUUUGAAGGAAAAAGGGGGGUUCAUUGCUACUUAAGUUCCUUUUUGAAUUCUCUAAUCUCUUUUAACCUUCUUUGAUUCCCUUUUUUUUAAGGAGAACUAUCUGUGAGGAGUUGUCUGUUGUUUUGAAUUCAGAAUAAAUGUGAGAUUAGAAGUCGGCCAACUGAUCUUAAGGUGAAGAUCCUUAAGAUUUGAAGGUUCCUAGAAAUUAGUAUUAGUUGGAGAUAAACUUACUCUAAAUAUUUUUAAAAGUGAAUAAAUUAUAAUAUUUUUGCAGCUCUAGCACAAAAUUAGUGGUUUAUACUUUUCAGCUAAAAAAGGAUGAUAGUAUAGAUGUAGCAUCUACAGCGGUUCAUGCUGCUAUGAGGAAAGGUAUUUUUUCUGUGCAGAGCUAAAUGCAAUAAUUGUUUUUGUAUGAUUUAGUGCUAGCAACAAUUUCUAUUGUAAAUUAUUUAUUUUAGUUGAUCUUGUUACAUGGGUGGUCACCUGUUCACUUUAGACAUUGUAAUUUAUUUUUAAGAGCUAUUUUAAAAUAGAAUACUCCUAGAACAAGCGGUAAUUGAUGUGACUCGGUUUACUUCUGAAUGCAGGUAUCAAAACUGCAGAAGUGAUAUACAGAUGAUUUUUUCAAACUUUUAUAGUUCUCAUGUUCCAAGCCAGAGUGGUAUAACCUCUGUUUAUAUAGAAUACCUGCUAAGUGUACAUUGCCUCCUAAAAAUAUUUAAUAACUCUUGCUUAACAUGAAAUUUAUUAAUAUAGAUAAGAAUUUUUGAUGGAUUUCGUUUUUUACAGAUGUGAGUAACUGGGCAUUCUCAUAAUAUGGUUUAAAUAAACUGCAUAUUGUAAAAGAAGUGUUUUGUUAAAGUUCGGCUGUAUAUUAAAACAAACAAUAAAACUGCAGUCACCAGAAA